GCCGCCGGGGGUGAGGGCCCUCCUCCCCCUCUCGCUGCGCAGCCGGUGGUCUCUCCCGGCCUGCUCGCGCCGCCCGUUGCCCUUGGUGCGGCCGCUGCGCGGGGCCCGUCGGCAGCGAGGAGCGCAGUCAUGGUGAAUUUCGCCCAAGCUGUGCGUGAUCACUGGGUUCACAUCCUUGUUCCCUUAGGAUUUGUGAUUGGAUGCUAUUUGGACAGAAGGAAUGAUGAAAAACUGUCUGCCUUCAGAAACAAGAGCUUACUAUAUAGAAGAGAGUUGAAGCCUGGUGAAGAAGUUACAUGGAAAUAAAGGCUGCUGAUGAAAUGGAAAAUAUUUUCGUUUGAUUACUCAUCGUAUCUCACAAGUUGAAAGACUAGGAUUAUGGUUUUUAUCUUGAGAGAAUAUGUAAAGCUACAGAAAAGGACACCUGCAAUUCAUCAGUGCUAGUUUAAUUUCCAAUCUUACUUUUUGGAAGAUGAUUUAAUUACAUGGCUAGUAUGCGUUCAGGAAUUCCAUUAGUCCAUAAGUGUUGAGAAACUUUUGUCCCCAGAAAUCACACCCUGGAGCAGGGAGGGGGAAUUAUGUAAUAAAGAAAAACUAUGCAAAAAUUA